ACUUUGGUUAUUUUGAGUAUUUUGGUUAUUUAUACUAAGUCUAAAUAUAAUUAAUAUUUAGAUAUAUAAAAUUAUAUUUUGGCUAUUUUGGGUAUUCAUUCAGUUUUUGAUUUGGUUCCGGUUCUUCGGGUAUAGGAGUCUAGGAUCUCUUCGACUAUUUUAUCGGUUCGAGGUUUAGUUCAGUUCUCUUUUUUUGGGUCGAUUUCGGUUUCGGUUCUGGGUAUUUUGUUCAUGCCUAGAAAUAAUUUUUCUCUCUCAAUUUUUUUUUUCUUUUUUUUUCUCACAUUUCCAUUACUCCACCUACCAGUCAUAAAGCUUUUAAUGGGAAAAUGGAACAAAGACAAUUCUUUGGUAGAUAGAGCUGAAUCACACUGAAACUUUUGUUUUGAGAUUCCUUUAGACUUCAAGAAACGUUGGCCUGGUCCACUUCUUACUAUAUAUAUACAUAUAUGCAUAAAAAAUAUCAUUCUAAAGAUAUCAGAGUAGCAAUAAUGCAGGAGCACUAUUUGCAGCGUUUAGUGGAAGAAACGGCGUCGUACAACACUCUAGUCGGAAGUUUCUUCCCGGCAGCCUUAUGGUCGCCAUUGCCACAUGUCGUGCAGACGUGGGCACGUAAUUACAUCGUCUCUCUAGUCACCUACUUCCUCAUAUGCUCUCUUUGGUGUUUCUAUUUCUACCAUUGGAAGCAUGAUGUUCAUUUAUCUAAAGAAGCUAUCCCCUCGAGAAAAUCAAUAAUGUUGCAAAUUCACGUGUCGAUGAAAGCGAUGCCAUGGGUCUCAAUGGUUCCAACGAUCUCUGAAUAUUUUAUAGAAAAAGGUUAUACAAAGUGUUAUUUUUCAAUAACCGAAGUUGGUCCAAUCGUUUAUAUCACUCAUACUAUUAUUCACAUAAUACUGGUGGAGUUCUGGAUAUAUUGGACUCAUAGAGCUUUGCAUGACGUGAAGCCUCUCUAUAAGCAUUUUCAUUUCGUUCAUCAUCGCUUCAACACCAAGACCUCUCUAUCACCUUUUGCAGGAGCGGCAAGUCAUCCCGUUGAAGCAGUACUAGAUGCGUUACCUUACACUAUCUUCCUCUUCUUUGUGCCAAUGCACUUCAAGACCGAAUUAAUCCUCUUGUCCAUCAAUGGGAUUUGGACAUUUACCACUCACGGUUGUCUCGAAACCAAGAUGUGGCCGUUCUUGACCGCUGAUUAUCAUACAAUGCAUCACAUCAUGCAUCGUUAUAACUAUGGAAAUUACACGAUUCUCAUGGAUUGGUUGUUUGGAACACUUUGUCACCCUUACUCUACCGUUGAUGAGCCAAAGUCAAAGUGAUAUGCAUUGUAGACCAUAAAGAUUAUAUAUGUAUCAUGAUUCUAUAUGUUUCAGAUAUUUGGUUUUAAGAACAUUUAUAGGUAGAUCUUAAACCAUAUCGUUCAAACGUGUACGAUUUUUUCAACUAUUAAAUCAUUAAUGGACAACUUAAACAUCAUAAA